AUGAGCAAUAAUGAGAAGAUGCACACAAUAUUGAUUAAUCUACGAAUUUGUCUUUCUUCGCCCGAUCAGCAAAAGCCUCCUCCGUGUGAAAUACUUUUGCCACGAAAACAUCACAAAAAGAUUUUGAUUUCUCUUAAACGAGUGUCAGAUGCGAGAAAACGCCUGCGCAAAAGGAAACGGGCCCUUAAAUCGACGGUUUGGCGUUCGGUUCCUUCGUUUGCAGCGGUUCCGGCGUCCCGAAGUGCAGUAAGCGAACGAUGGAAACUAAUUAGAAAACGUUUCACCCACAAACCUUAUUUAACUUAUGAAGAGAUAUCUGAUUCUGACUCAUGCGUAGUCCUUUCGAUCGGCCGCUUCCACGACGGGAGAGAUCCAUCGACGGGGCCGCGACCUACGUCGGGGUCACCCCGGGCGAUGUUCCUCCGAGAUGCAGAGGGAUUUAGCAAAACUGUCUGCAUCGAGACACACUCGAACUCUAAAGUAAUCACAGCGAUAAUAAAAAAAUCGGGACACGGGCGCAGGAGAAGGGACGUAACGCGGGACAUAAACUAUAUAGAAACAAACGGUCAGUAA